AUGUUUUGGUUUAAAUCACACGUAUCCAGCGCGCUUUUGCAGCUAAUCGUCAAUGACACCUUCGAUGCGGUGACUCAACUUCGCCGACGCGAUGCAAUCGACCGGGUAAUCGCGGCCGUACAUACACAACGCGCCAUACUCACGAUCGCUUACUUCGGCGCCUUUAGCGAUAUAGAACCUUACAUAACCGCGGCCAAUACGACGCCCAAAUUUGUAAUAACUCAAGGAUGCAAUGAGCCACUGGGCGCCGCUACGGUGGCGGAUAAGUUUAGCAGCGACAUAUUUUACAUUGCCGUCGGCCAACUGACGCGCAAUCCCAUGUGGCAACGCAUGAACGACGUGCUGGCCGAUAGACAGACGCGUGUGCGCGGUCUGUUUGUGGUGCCACGGCAUGUGACUCGUCGGCAGGUGUACAGCAGUCAGGUGAGCGAGCAUUUUGAGUGGUGUUGGCGCAAUGGUUUUAUCAAUGCGAUGGUAUUGGUGGAUGAUAAUGCCGAAGAAAACAACAAGAAAAAACCUUUCACUGUGUACGGUUAUGAUCGCUUUCCACAAUUGCGCGUACGACAGAUGCCGGUUCACGCGGCCUGGUUCAGCGAUAAGUUGAAGAAUUUCCAUCGCAGCAGCGUGCGCACCACCUAUCAGUUCGAUCCACCGCGCGCUUUUCAACUGCAACCUUGGAUGCAAAACAAUUCGGAAAUAGUUGGCUAUGCGGCGGAAAUGCUAAUAGCGCUCGCUAAGACACACAAUGCCACGCUGCAACUGGUAACUUUAAACAACUCGAGUCAUUACAAUAUUAUGAGCGUUAUUGAUCAGAUUCGACGCGGCGGUUUGGACAUAUCAAUGAAUUUGUAUUUUUUCUAUCCGGGUUUGCGUUUAAGUUAUCCCAUACGGAUGCAGCCAAUUUCUGUCUUAGUCCCAUCUAGCGGUGAAAUCGAGCGUUUCCGUUAUUUUGUGCGCCCUUUUCAGACCCACACGUGGUUCUGUUUUAUUCUUGGCCUGCUCUACUUAAGUCUUAUACGCCGCUUGUCGGAUCGUAUAUCCUCCUAUUGGAAUCCACAGGUGCGACCCAGCUUCGGACGCGGCUGCUUGGAAGUGUGGCGUUUGCUACUCUUUCUGCCCAUCAACACGCCGUGCGAUCGCAAAUGCUUUCACUGGCACAGUGCCAGCACUUUAGUGCUCACAGCUUUACUUGGUUUCAUGCUCACAAAUCUUUAUCAAGCUUCGCUCACCAGCUUCUUGGCUUCAGCCAUAUUUCGUCCACCUUGGAACACAUUGGCGUCUUUGGUCGAGCACAAUGUCAGCAUAAAUACUAACUUUAAUGAAAUAGAGGUCUUACGCAACAGCAGCAGUUUGUCUAAGGACUUCUUUCGACUGUUGAUUCCGCGUGAUCCCACCGAAUUGAGAGACGAAUUAAUGGCAUUAAAGCCGAACGCUUAUACCGCCUGUGCAGAUGUGGUGCACUUUGUGUUACUGCAGCAGGAACACAUGGACCGAAAGCCUUUGCAUGAGUGUGGAGAAAGUAUUGCCACAUUGCCGUUUGGAUUUUUGCUGCCCAAUCGGUCGCCCUACGAGCACUUAGUAAAUCGGUUCAUUUUGCGGGCGCAAGCCGCAGGCCUUACUAUCAAAUGGAUUGAAAGCGCGAAAAGCGAUGGGUUUCGUGCGGGUAUACUGCGUAAGCGCAAACAAAAGCGACCUUUGAAGCAGCCACUGAAUCAGGAGUAUUUUCAAUUCGCCUGGAUUGUGUGGUCAGCGGGACUGUUGAGUGCCCUCUGUGGUUUUGCAUUGGAGAAUCUGUGUUAUUUUACGCAAAGCAAGAAGCUAAUGCUGAGUUAA